UAAAUUUACGUUUGACAAUAGUGCCAGGUCCCAGAACACUAAUGAAGCGGGCUGCAAGAAACCGGGCCCAGACCGGCCAGGACCGGCCUGCCCCAUGCAGCCUCGCUCGGCGGGUCUAACCCCCCCGCGCCCUUUCACAGUACAUAUAGACGAUUCAAGCGACUGAAGAGCAACUGGUUCAUAUUACAAAGUGACUUUAUCAAGGUCUUUGCUGAGCCCUACACGCGUCUUAUCACACAACAUGCCUUCCAAGCGCCCUCGCUCCGGGCCCGCCAAUGUCAAGCCGACUCCAACGGAGCUCCAUGAGGCUGUCUUGAAAUGCACUCUUUGCAACAAGCUCAUCGACCCAGUGGAUGACUACCGGUUGCUGGACUGCGGCGUUUGCAAUCGUGACGACAAUUGUGUCCACGAAGACUGCAUUGGCACGUACCUCAAGAAGGAAGGCAGGGACCAAGCUCAGAAGACGGGCUUCAAGUGCCCUACUACACUUGCCAAUGGGAAGUCCUGCAAGGGCCACAUCUCCAAAUCCCAUCCCCAUGUGGCAAGCAAUGAGAAGAAGAAGGAGGCACGCAGGGCCCCAUCACAACCCCGCCACAACUCGACCCCCCAUGGUGGUGCCACUAAGGCCACUGCCAAGGGCUCUGUUGUCCAGGCUGUCAAGGCUGCCAUGACACAGCAGCUUGUGGUCAAGCCAUCAUCAGGACCCAGCUCCACCCGCUUCUCCCCUCCCCUUCCUCCUGCCCAACCAAGCAACAACUUCACGCUGGGUGACUUCUUCACCUGGGCGUUGCCUGCUGCCCCUUCUGCCACCAACACAACGCCUCCUGCCCCUCUUCCUACUACCACAACCUCCUGUGGCAAUGUCUGGCUGGAUCGCACCCGCCAGGCUUAUGCCAAGGGCCUGACUGUCCCCCAGGGACACCAGGCCCAGCAGGUGGUCAGUGCAGAGACACAGCUCCUGCAGCAGCUGAGCGAGCGCAGUGAGGAGGCUGAGGACGCGGUUAGCUUUGACUCUGCUAACGAGAGCCUCACUUUGUCCGCCACCAGUGACAGCACCUCCAGCGGCACCAGUGUCUCCGUCCCCAGCAGUGCCACCUUGUGCAUGCUGCUGGGCAACCUGUCCUUGGAUGCGCCCACACUGCUGGGCAGCCCUGGCAACCUUGGCUCCCACCUGCCUUCUCCUUCAAUGGACAAGCCCCAGGUUCAGGAGCUGGUGGUGCAAGAGCUGGACCAGGUCAGCACUGUCAUCUGCAGCAAGGUGGCCAGUGUCACCACCAUCCGCAACCUGAUCUGCAGUGGCCAGCUGGCUUGGCUGACACCCGUGGCCACAGAACUGCAGCAGGUCAUGAUGGCAGCGGCAGGUGGUGGCCAGGUGCUGUACUGCAGCCUCAUCAAUGGUGAUGGCAGCAGCAGCCUUCCCAAUGGUGACACAACUGACCCCAUUGUGGCUGUGCAGCCUGUCUUUGAGCUCUCCAUCACCCCCACCAGCCUGCCCAGCUGUCCCAUGGCUUUGGACCUGACCCAGACCAUGGGUAUGAAGGUGGUUCGUGACCCUUGCACCCUGGCCUGCUACAACCCUGAAGACUGUUUUGGCCCUGGCUACAGCCUGGUGGGCUUCAAGGUGCUCCUGCCUGAGGCCGGUGAGGAGAUGGAGGGUUCCAACAGCAGUGUGUCCAAGCAGUCUGUAGUGGCCCAGGGUGUGCCUAUCCGCCGUAGCCAAAUCCUGGCAGCAGGUGGUAUGGCCAGUGCCAGUGAGGCCCCCCAGGUGGCCAUUGGUGCCACCCCGGUUAGCACCCAGUCCUUCCUGACUGAGUCAGAUGAUGAGCUGGCUCUAGAGCUAGGUCGCCUGUGUGGCUGCAGCUGCUGAAGGGGUGGCUAUGCUUGGCUGCAUGUUGAGGCACAGAGUCUGUACUGGACCUAGGUGAUGCAUAGUGUUACAUGAUGGUGCAUGGGGGUUGGUGGCUUGGCUAGGACUCAUGCCCCUAGCUUGAUGGACGGUGGGCGGCCAGACAGGGGAAGGUAUUGUCUUUCUGAGCCCGUGGAGGUCUUACAGAACAAGAGUGCAGUGUGCCUCUGCGGUUGAACUGCAAUCUGUUUUGGGGAUACGGUAUUGUGGUACCGAUGGAUGCAAUGCAAAGACAUGCAGAGACAUUGGGGCGAGAUAUGAACACGAGGAUCUUGCAAUGUAAUUAAUAUGCCCUGCUGCUGGUAAAUCAAUCGGCACCUGUCUGUUGUGCGGGCUUGGUGUUCACAGCAUUAGGGCAUGUGGGCAUCUCAGCAAGAUUCAGUUGGUGGGGUGUGUGUGCAGGAUUCUUGCCACCCUCCCCCCACACACACACCUGAAGGGGCCUAGCCGGCAUGAGCUGCCAUCUGCUUAGCAUUUAUGGAUAGCAAUUUGCAGUCGAUGCCUAGCCAAUUCGAAGGCGGUGGGGGCAGUGGCGUGGGGGGCGCGGCCAUCGUGUCAUACGGACAUAUCAACAUGUUGUGUAAACUUGAUGUGCACAGCAAGUUUCCCUCGUAAUACGUUUACUACACAUAAUGUGCUGCAUUGUAAGCAACCUAACAC